UAGUGUAUAAUAACAAUCGAGUUAAUAGACAUUUCCCAUUGAAGAUAUGGAUUUGUGUUUCAGAGGAAUUUGAUCUUACUAGAUUGCUUAAGCUGAUGAUUCACUCUAUAAGUAAAGGAGAACAAUGUGAUGAUUCAACAGUUGAAGCCUUACAAACUUGUUUGCGAAGUCUUUUGAAUGAUGAGAAAUUUUUGCUUGUUCUAGAUGAUGUGUGGAAUGAAAAUUAAGCAAGAUGGAUUGAAUUAAGAGAUUUAUUAAGAUCAAUGGGCGGUUUGUCUCAAAGUAAAAUCAUUGUGACCACCCGGAGUUUGAAAGUUGCUUCAAUAAUGAGUUCAAUUCGCCCUUAUGAAUUGAACGUUCUUCCUCAUGAAGAUUGUUUGAUUUUGUUUACAAAAUGGGUAUUUAAUGAUGGUGAUGAUAGACAAUAUCCAAAUCUCAUGAGGAUUGGGGAAGAAAUUGUGAAAAAAUGCAAAUGGGUUCCUUUGGUAGUGAGAACUUUGGGGAGCCUUUUGUUUAUGAAAACUGAUGAAUCUGAUUCGAUCUCUGUUCGAGAUAACGAAAUAUGGAAACUUGAGCAUGUUGAAAAUGAGAUUUUACUAGUCUUGAAGUUGAGUUACAACCAUUUGCCAUCUCACUUGCAACGGUGUUUUGCUGUUAUGUCAUUGUACAAAAAGGAUAGUAUAUAUUAUAGUGAUAAAGUCAUCCAAUUCUGGAUGGCAAAUGGAUUGCUUGAGCAUUCAAAGCAAAAGAAAGAAUGGCUUGAUGUUGGAGGUCGAUAUUUGAAUGAGUUACUGUUAAAGUGCCCCAUCCAAAAGGAGACUGAUUAUGCCUUGGGUUUUACCUUUAAAAUGCAUGAUUUGAUACAUGAUCUUGCAUUAGAUAUGUCACAAACAGAGUGUAAAACAGUGAAUUCCCAAUCAUAUGUUAUUGAUGAAAAUGUUCGACAUUUAUCAUUUUGUGAUGACAAGCUGCUAAAGGUUCCGCAAGAUUUGAAUGUUCGAACAGUAUUCGUCCAUGAGCUUUCAACAGAAUCAAAGACUAUCCAUGAAUCUCUUAUCAAUCUUUGUGUCUCAAAAUUUAAGUAUCUACGAGCACUUCAUUUACUUUGUUCACCAUUGACAGCUUUACCGAAUUCCAUAGGUACCUUGAAGCACUUACGAGACCUUGAUUUGACUGGUUGUCGAAAUAUACAGAAACUUCCAAGUUCUUUUUAUAAGCUUCGGAGCUUGCAAACAUUAAGAAUGUAUGGUAUUCCUUUGAUGCAAUUGCCUGUCAGCAUGGAAAGCUUGAUUGAGCUUAGAUAUCUAGAAAUAACCAUUAAAGCUAAGCAUUUGAAAGAAACUUGGCUGCGAUUUUGGACAUCUCUUCAAUACUUGGGCUUGUUUGAAUGUGACAAAUUAGAAUGCUUACCUGAAGGAAUGCAGUAUCUCACAUCACUUCGAAGACUUGUUCUGUUUGGUUGUCCUAAUCUUGUCUCACUACCACGAAGCCUGAAACACCUAACCAAAUUAGAAGUCCUUCGAAUAUCUUGCUGCGAAAAAAUCAAUCUACGAAUAGAACCUGAAGAGAAAGAAGACAAAGACCUUCAAUUGAGCCUUAAAACUUUCUCAAUCCGAAGUUUAGAUGUGUCAACAGAUUUGCCACAAUUGCUUCUUGAAGGAUCUUCUUCCACUUUGCAGCAAAUACAAAUUGAAAAUUGUGACAAGUUUGCGGUGCUACCAGCAUGGCUACAAAAUCUUACUUCCCUUCAUAAACUUGAGAUUAUUGAAUGCCCAAAAUUGUUAACUCUACCAGGGGGAAUAGAUCAUCUUACUGGACUUCGACAACUGAGAAUUAGAGCAUGUCCGAACUUGGGACGAAGAUGCCAAAAAGAUGGAGGGGCAGAUUGGCACAAAAUUGCUCACAUCCAGGAGAUCGAUGUUAGUUGAUUAAAUCAAAUAAAAUUUGAGGUACGUAUAAAUUUUAUCUUC